GAAAAAUCUCAACCAGCCGCAUUGGAUCGUGACAUUUGGUCAUUGCUCUAUAAAAAAAUAAAUUUUAUCAUCUCUUUCGGAGACAUAAAGGAAUUUUUAAAAAACGUUUCCAUGAAUAGGACACAACUACAACAGCUGAGCGAUCUUAAAAACAGUUAAUACAACUGAGAUAUUACAUCUAUACUACAACAACGAUUGCACAACACAACAAAGCCGCCGGAUUGAGAAACUUUGGGACGAAGCAUUUGCCAACAUAACCAAACGGUAGUGAACGCUUGGUGCUUCGCAAAGUGGAACAAUACAGUAAGAGAGAACAUUUUGAUUUACAGAUACAUACAAACAACACAUCCAACCGCCAACAAAGCACAUAAUCUAAAAUGUCUUCUAUGAAUCAACGACAUAAACGCGAUACUGGAUAUGAUCUUGAUACGCGCAGAGAAGAACGCAGGAAACGUAGUCGCUCCAGCAGUCGUUCGCGUCACCGUCGCUACCGUGAUAGUCGUUCACGUAGUCGCAGUCGUUCAAUAGACCAUCGUAGACGACAUAAUGACAAACGUUCGCGCAGCCGCAGCAGAAGCUUUAGUCGUCGCGAUAGGCACAAUUCUAGCCGACGACAUAGGGAUUCCCGCAGUCGUAGCCGUUCCCGUACGCGUUCAUAUCGCACUAGCAAACGGGAUUCCCGUUCACACAGCACGGAUAGGCUAACUAGAAAUAUACGUGUUGAUGAUGACCGAAGAGCUCAAGAUAAUGUAAUUAAAAAUCUACCGAUUAAUUCCACGGAAAGCAAUCGAUCGUCUUCAACAUAUCUGCCAAACGAGAAUACUGAUCUGCAGCAUCUACCUUUGCCAAAUCGUGAACCUAUCGGCGCUUAUUAUAAUCUCGAUAUAGAUGAACCGUUCGAUAAAGAACGCAUACAUCGUGAAAUGGAAGAGAAAUUGCGUCAAGCUCUGGCCAAAGAGGGAAAAGUUUACCCACCAAAAAAGCCAGAAGCUACACAUCCAGUAUUUGCGAAUGAUGGCUCCUUUUUGGAAUUGUUCAAAAAAAUGCAAGCGCAGCAACAACAACAUCAGCAACAUGCACCAAUUGCAGCUAUGCCCGCAAUUAUCGCGCCUGUAGUAGCGGCGCCACCACUUGCUUCUACCUCAACCGCAGCUACUUAUAUAGCGGCUACAUCCGCUGGCAAAUCGGCGCCACCACCACCGAUAGUGGGACGUCGACGUGGUGGAAAAAUUCUGAAAACCGGUGUUGUUGCCAAACCUAAAGCGCAAGCAGAACAAAGUGAAGACCCAAAAGAUUUCUGGUCAUUGUACUUAGCAGAAGUUAAUAAGUACAAGAAUCAUGCAUGUGAAUCGGACACCGGCAAUAGGCCACUGGUUAAGUGAGCCUAGAGUAAUUAUUAAAAGAACUUCGUGUGAAAAAUUUGUGCGUAUAAAUGAGGGUUAUAUACUUCGAGUUUUCCCAAACAUCACUUGAAUAUCGUGUAUAAAUUUUAUUAAAAAUAACUCAUAUGAAAUAUGAUAAGUUUGAUUCAAAAUGAAUUAAGUGAAUCAAUUCCAUUUCUAAAAAAAAAAUAUUCGGUGAAAAAUUUUCAUUUUGAGUUUAAAAUUAGUUGUAAGUUUUUUUUUUAUUUGAUCGAGUAUAUAGGCUAAGCGUAUAUUAGAGUAGGAUAAUGGAAAGCAAUAAAUUAGUAAGGCUGGCAAUUCAAAUAAACGAUAGUAUUGAAAAGCAUUGAUUCAUUGCUUUCCUUUACUAGUGGCUUACAAACAGAUCUAUGUUAUUUAUAUAGACUCCAUAUAAGUUCCAUAAA